AUGGCGACCCCCGAGGAAAAGGCAACGGAGCUCAAGAACCAGGGCAACAAGGCGUUCGCCGCGCGCGACUGGCCGGCUGCGAUUGAUCUGUACAGCAAAGCCAUUGAGCUGUACGACAAGGAACCAACCUUCUGGUCCAACAGAGCUCAGGUUCGUGCGGCCUCGGCCCAUCGAACUCAAACCGAACUUCGUCAAGGUGCGCGAAGCGCCCUUCUUGCAGUUCGAGCGGUCUUCCCCAGGCUGACGAACCACCGACCACAGGCCUACUACCGGAGAGCAACCGCAUAUGCCGCCAUCUUGAGGCCGAAAGAUGCUGUCAAGGACUUCAAGACGUGCAUCAAGAUCGACCCGAGCAACAAGGAUGCGAAGCUCAAGCUAGUCGAUUGCGAGAAAAUUGUGCGGCAGCUCGCGUUCUUCGCUGCUAUUGAGGUUGGGGAGGAGCCGUCGGCUGCCGAGGGCCUCGAUGUGGACUCUAUUGCGAUCGAGCCCUCGUACGACGGCGUGCGGUUAGAGGGGGAGAUGACGCAGGAGUUCAUCGACGACAUGAUGGAGCGGUUCAAGAACGGCAAGACGAUCCAUAAGAAAUACGUCUACCAAAUUAUCCUCGCCGUCAAGAAGCUCGUGUAUGACGAGCCCACCAUGGUGGAAGUUGACAUUCCGGAGGGCGUGGAGCUCACCGUUUGCGGCGACACUCAUGGGCAAUACUUCGAUUUGAUGGAGCUGUUCAGGUUAAACGGGAAGCCAAGCGAGAAGCACUGGUACCUGUUCAACGGCGACUUUGUGGACCGGGGUUCUUGGUCGACCGAGAUUGCGCUUCUGCUUUACGCGAACAAGUGGUUGAGGCCCAAGUGCUUCUUCAUUAACCGGGGCAAUCAUGAGACAGACGACAUGAACAAGGUGUAUGGCUUCGAGGGCGAGUGUAAAGCGAAGUACAACGAGCGUGUGUUCAGGUUGUUUUCGGAGAGCUUUUCAGCUCUGCCGCUGGCCACGCUGGUCGGCAAGAAGUACUUUGUGCUCCACGGUGGUCUAUUCUCGGACGAUAACGUAACAUUGGACGACAUCCGGAAACUAGAUAGGCACAAGCAGCGGCAGCCUGGACAGUCUGGGCUGAUGAUGGAGAUGCUGUGGACGGAUCCUCAAACGGAGCCUGGCAGAGGCCCCAGCAAGCGGGGCGUGGGCUUGCAGUUUGGGCCCGAUGUCACCAAGCGGUUCUGUGAGAAGAACGGCCUUGAAGCUGUCAUCCGAAGCCACGAAGUCAGGAUGGAGGGGUACGAGGAGGAGCACGACGGGAAGUGCAUCACCGUGUUCUCGGCCCCCAAAUACUGCGACAUGACGGAAAACAGGGGGGCAUACAUCAAUAUUGGCCCCGACUACAAGCUCAGGUUCUCACAGUUUGACGCUGUGCCACAUCCAAACAUCAGGCCUAUGGCGUACGCUGCCAAUUCUCUGAUGUCCGCGUUGAUGUAG